AUGAACAAUUAUUCAAACAUGAACUCUGCCAAUUUGUUUUUCAGUACAGUUCUUUCGAGGACUUUAGAACAAUUUCGGCCUGUUUUACGUGAAGAGUUUAAUAACUUAAAAAAAGAAUCACUUGGUGGAAUUUUAGAAGAAUUUCCGCGGCAAAAUCAAUAUUAUAAAGAUAUUAUAUCAUCAUUAUCGCAGAUAGCCAUUUUUGAUACACCAAUUAUUCUUCAAUAUCUUUGCACGAGCUUACUUCAAGUUUUUCAAAUCGGAAAAACCAAAAUUUUCAAGCAAAUUCUUGACAAUCUCGUUGAAUAUGAAAAGACAAAUCCAAACCACGUCGAGUUCAUUAAGUUAUUUCAAAUAAUAUUCUACACAGACCUCGUUCAUCAAAUUUUUAAAUUAGAUUCUAGGGAAGCAUCGCAUAGUGUCAUGAUCCAAGCAGCCUACAGAGUAUGUGCAUUCUCAACACAACAAGGUACAAACAAUAUAUACCUUCUACAAGCUUUAUUUCCCCAAUGGUCUUUAAUUAUGUCCAUUAUGUCGAAACAAAACCUAAAUUUAAUCAUUGAUUCGUUCUCCAAAAUGAUGGUUAACAAGCCCGAGAACUAUUUUAUCCUUCUUCAAUACGUAAAUCUCAAAUGCAACCAAACUAGUGCGAUAGACCUCAUAGAAAUCCUUUUCGACUACAUAGAUAGAGGUAGAAAGAAGAAAUCUUUGACUUCUAGGAUGCUAGCAGCUGUUUCUACGCUUUUAUUAACUUUAGAUGGCCAACCUGAGAUAAUUAAGAAGUAUCAACAGAUUGCAAACGCAAAUUUAGAAAAUCCAAACCUCAAAUACGGUGCAAUCGAGCUUUAUUGCUGCUUAUUAUUCCAACAAGAUAAACAAUUCAGCGAAAUCUGCAAAUUCUUCGAAGAUUACGUAUUUAAACUUUACAAUGAGCUCGAAGGCUUCAAAGUUGUCAUACGAACUUUCUAUUUACUCCUUGUCGGAAAAGAUUAUGAUCCGGAAUUACAGGUUUGGGGCAAUAUUCCUGCAGAAACGAACCCAACAGUUAAUGCAGAUAAGUCUGAGCAGGACGAAUACUUAACAAAGAAGUUCAUGGAGUUUAUUUUCGGUUCAAAAUAUUUUAAUACGGCAAUUUCUCAAAUUAGACACAUGAUUAUCAUUUUAACGCAACGUAAUUUCAAACUGUUUAACGAAUUGGUCACAAAACCAAUCCUAAAAGCUUCAGAACAAGAUUCAGAAAAAUUAACUUACUUUUUACGUAUAGUUCCUAUCAUAAACGAUCAUUACAGACAGCUGAAAAGCCAAGAUUCGCAGUAUCUGAAGAGUUUCAACAAAGAAAUCGCUGAUGUUGUCUAUAUGAAGCUGAGAGUCAGCGUUUUGAAGUACAAAGGGUACGGUAUUGAGCUCAAAUAUGAUUCUGUAGACACGGCCAGGCGAGCCGUUGAUGUUUUGUUCCAAAGAUGGAACGUAGAACCUGGUCCUUUAACAAUGAAGCUGAAGAACGACACUAAAGGUGAAGUAAUCGAUGAUGCUGAUAGCGAAAUGAUGGAUAUCAUACCUUACAUCAUAAAUAGUAGUGGAAAAAUCUCAGAUUGGGUCACAUUACUCAUUGAACUUGCAGCUUGCGGUAACAGUAAUAUAUCUAUACCAGCCACGCGUAUCGUAGAAGAAAAUCUUGACAUUCCUGACCUUUAUGUCGAUCUUUGUAAACAUGUCGCUGAAAUAGUUACAUUUAAAGCAGCUCCCGAGAUUGUAUGGGUAUGUUUACACCUUUUGUGCUACGCGGCUGAUGGCCAAGAGCCAAAAGAAAACGAUACGAAUUUUCAUGAACUCGCUUACCAGUUAGAAUUCACAGCAUUCAUUAGUUUGGCAAGCGAGCACCCAGAAGUUCGUGACAAAGCUUACAAUUUGCUCAAUAUCGUUAAUAAACUCCGUAGAAAUGAAGGAAUUAUGACUCACAUUGAAACCGAUACGUCAACCAUUGAAUCCAAUGUAAAACAUUCAAUUUUACUCUCUCAAUUUCCUGAACGUCCAGGAACACAAGAAUACCAAGAACUUGAAUUACAUCUUAAGGAUGCCCUUUUAAGUCCAUACCAGAAUCCAUGGCUCUAUUUCUUAGCAGAAUUUGGAAGAUAUUUCGCUGAGUCGGUUCUAUACUCCAGAUUGAAGAAAUUCGUAGCCGACUUCAAUCUCAACGAGUACCAUCACUUCUCCGUUGGUUUGUUAGUCAUUAUGUUGAGUUCUUGUUCGAAAAAUGAAAAUUUUGCAGAUAUCCAAAGAAUUGUUUUCAAAGACAUUGAUCAUAUGGAGCAAUACUUCUAUGUGUUGAAACACUCCCAUACAAAGAUCAUUCCUAACAUUUUCCAGCAAUUAUGCAAAUUUUCUGAUAAAUACAUUGUCCAAGUGGCCAAGAUCUCAAGCAUACUGCUCAGAACGAUCGAAGAAAUCGAUGAUAUCAGAUUGCUUGUCCUAGAUAACGUUCUAACCAUACUUACAAAAAUUGAAAAUUUAUUAUUGAACCAAACCAGUCAAAACCAACUUCUCAACAACCAGAACUUCAUGCUCUGCUAUCUAACAAUCCUUUACUUCUGGCUAGAUACAGAUGACAAGAAGAUAAAUGAAGAAAUUUGGAAUGCUGACCGAAAAUUACGGGUUUUAGAGCUUUUAACGUCGAUUUUGAGUAACACAUCAUCGGAGAAACUCAAACUAUACUCGUCGCAGGCUCUAAUAGCCCUGGUUAAGCUUCCUCCUUUCAAAGGAAUUAAUAUCCAAGAUCAUAUCUUCAAACAAAUGAUAUGGGCCGAAGAGCAUGACUUCAAGGUCUUGCAGCAUAUUGUCGAAAACAACGUUUCCCAGUUCUUUGAUCAUUAUGUCCACGCAUCUUAUGAAGAAACUGACUUGAGUGAUUACUAUUUCUCAGCUUUGUGCCGUAAAGUUCUCGCUGUAUCUGAAGACAAUGACAAUUUCGCUAGCGAUCCUUACUUUGAAUUCAUUUUCAAAAAAAUUGAUAUUUUAUUUUUGCUUGGAAUGUACAAAGUCAAGGUCAACAACCUCAUUGCACCUGACUUCCUUACUAAUCUCGCGAAAUUAUACUUAAAAGUCUUCUCUAAGAAGCUUUUGACCGCAUUUCAAAAAGAAAUUCAACAAAAUGAGGAGAAAAACGACGUUUCUGAUGAUGUAAUCAUCGAUUUAUUGCCUAAAUACUUCCUGAAGAAGGCAGAAUCCAUUGUUCAGAAGGGUUUACAACUGAUGAUUAAAGAUAACUUCCCAGGAAACACUAAAUACUUAGUUAUCGUGCUCAAACCAUGGAUUAAACAGUUUAGACUCCUUCCCAACUCAACAAGCUGCAUUCCGAACAACAUGAUCGUUGUAAAUCGAAUGUCUCCGGCAAAAUUCUUAGAUUUGCUGACAGAAGUAACCAAAAAGAUGAAAAGACAGUUCGAAUAUAUCGUAAAACUCUGGAGAUGCCUUCUCAGAUCAGGAGAUCACAGAGAAUCAAUUAUUUAUUAUUUAGCAGAUAAUGACGUGUUCAAAGACCCAGAAUUGAAGAAGAAUAUGUUCAUGCAGUUACUCCCGAAGCUAUAUCUGCAAGACGAACUCAUCGCUUUCUUAGUUCAGCGCUGUAAAUUUUCUUAUUACGCAUAUGUAACUUACCAACGCAAUUUAAACUACGAUGAUGAUAACUGGUAUGUUCAGGUACUCGCCAAGGCCGUCAAAAACUACCCAGACAAGUGCCAGCCCCAUAUGCCAGUCAUAAUUCAGUAUGCUCUGCUUUUCCACUCGAGCCAAGCGCAAUCGCUGUUCAAGAGGAUAUGUAAGGAGUACAAAUUCACGUUUUCUCGGAGGACACUUUCAGGCGAUAAAUUGAGAAAAGUUGUUUCUAUCAUUAUUAAGAAGAUGGAGAUGGAUAACAAGCAACGGCAGAUCGAGGAAUGGGCUAUGGAAGCUACCAGAUGGGUUGUUGGCUCGAAAUUGUUGAGAAAUGCUUAUACAUCUUUAGUAAUUUUGAAUGAAAUACAGACAAAGUACCCUAAUACCAAUCCAACAGACUUGUUUUAUGGUAUUUGCCGGUCAGUCUCCCAUUUCCUUCAAGAAAUUACUGAUGUUGACAAAGCAACUUACGAUUUCAUCAACGAAACGUUCAAACUCUUUAACAACCACUUCGACUUAGACAGAGAUUUCGCUUUCAAAUAUCUCUCAGUCUAUUUCGACUUCGUUGUGGCCGUAGAUGCUUAUUUCGACUCAAUGCUUCCACUUUUCAUGAAAUGUAUGGAAAAAGAAAAAGUGCCAAUUUUCAAUGAACACAUUUCUGAAUUAGCCUUAAAUGCAAUCCGACCAAUUUUCAAUGAACUCGAGUCAGACAGCAAAGCCAUGAAAGAUUUCGAGAAUUUCUUGAAGAACGAACAUACAAAAGAUUAUGAUUUCGUUAUGAUCGUUUUGAAACACCACAAAGACGAAGAAAUCGAUGAUCUCAUCAAGAAAUCCAACUUCAAAGAGCGAGAUCUCGCAAUCGGACACUUCGCUUUGAUGGUUACAAACGCAUCAACAGAUUUGAAGCGAAGAAUCUUUGUUGUUGCCUCGAAACUGCUUCAGAACUAUAUUUCCGAGCGUGGCCAGCUCCAAGACUUCCUCAAAGUCACGAAACACCUCGAUCCGAAACAAAUGGAGUCUUCUUCCUUGGAAACUCAUGAGAAAUUGGCAUCUAAAGAGAGCCAUAUCUCAGAAAGCGUCAAGGAACAGCUCAGUUCGGAACUAAAUAAGCAAGCAUUAAAUGUAAUAUUUAAUUCCGCACUUGAGAAACUCACAACCAUGCAAGAAGCCGUUGAUUUCAUAUGCAUGAUCUCCAAGAUCGACCCAGAUAUACCAAACAACGUCGCCAGGGGACAAAUUAAAUGGAUUGACGCUUCUACAGAGCUUAUCCAGAAACUUGGCCACUUGUUUGAGGAACACGACCAAACAGUUACAUUAACUAACUGCGAACACUUGGAUUCUGCAUCGAACUUGCUGUCGAAAGACUCCAAAUCAUCGAUUUUGCCUUUCUCAACACAAAGUAAAAUGGUUUGCGCAAUAAAAAGCACCACAGAAGUGCAAGUUAAUCAGUUCAAGAAGGUUGAGAAGUGGGUGAAGAUCAUGAAGGAGGCCUCGAUGACAUUCAUCAAAGGAAUAAGCGCGAGAAUGUCUCAGAGCACUACUUCGACAUCAGAAAACAUUUUUGUGAAGUUAAAUGUUCCUGACACGAUUUUGGAUGAUGAUUUGAUCAUGUCUGACCAAGGAAAGAAACAGGUUGACUGGCUCGUUGACAUCAAGAAUUUCGUAGAAUUCGAUGAGGAUAAGUCUAGAAGAAUAUCAAAGGCUUCAUCUAGUUUGAAGAGUUUAACUGGAUUUUGUUAA